CAAAUCCAUUGACGAGGACUAUGGUGCAGUUUACUGCGUGGAAUGUUUUCCCGAGAUGCAAAUGAACUGGACCGGACAUGGCGUGAAGACGUCUGUGAAGAACAUCUUCUCUCUGAGCAACACAAGUGGAGCUUCAGGAUGGACAAGGAGGAGCCACAGCCCUUCCACAUUAAGGAGGAAGAGGAGACGCCACAUACAUUACAAAUGCAAAGGGAAGAAAAUAACCCACUGACCUCCCAUUUUAAAGAGGAAGAGGAGGAACACAGCAUCAGUCAAGAAUUGUUGGAGGAGUUCCAUGUGAUUGUGAAGAGUGAAGAUGAUGAGGUCAAAGGUGAGAGUGGGGAGAAGGAAGAGGCGGAGCCUCCAAGCAGCAGCUCAACUCAACACAUGACAACAGAAGCUGAUGGAGACCACUGUGGAGGAUCACAAGCAGACAAGCUCUUAGCUCCACUAUCAGAUAGUGAGGACACAACGUCACACUCUCCUGACACUGAUGAUGAAGACUCUAAAGAUGAUAAGACAUGUCACACUGACAACACACACUUCACAUGUUCUCACUGCGACAAAACUUUUAAUGACCGUUGCAAUAUGAAAAGACACAUGAGAAUACACACUGCAGAAAAACGUUUUUCAUGUUCAAUCUGCGGUAAAGAUUUUACUCAAAGGCAAUAUUUGAAAAUACACGUGAGAAUACACACUGGAGAAAAACCUUUUUCAUGUUCAAUCUGCGGCAAAGAUUUUACUCAAAGGCAAUAUUUGAAAACACACAUGAGAAUACACACUGGAGAAAAACCUUUUUCCUGCUCAGAAUGUGGUAAAAGUUUUGUAAUGAAUGAAAAUUUAAAAGUACAUAUGAGAACACACACAGGAGAAAAACCUUUUUCAUGUUCAAUCUGCGGUAAAGAUUUUACUCAAAAGCCCCAUUUCAAAGCACACAUGAGAAUACACACGGGAGAAAAACCUUUUUCCUGCUCAGAAUGUGGUAAAAGUUUUGUAAUAAAUCGAAGUUUAAAAGUGCACAUGAGAACACACACUGGAGAAAAACCUUUUAUAUGUUCAGUAUGUGGUAAAAGUUAUAUAGAAAGACGGCAAUUAAAAUCACACAUGAGAACGCACUCUGGUGAAAAACCUUACUCCUGUUCAAGCUGCAACAAAAGCUUUGGUCACCUAAACACUCUUACAGUACACAUGAGAACACACACAGGUGAGAAAGUGUUGAGUUGCAGUGUGUGUGGUGAAAGAUUCUCUUAUAAAUACCAGUGUAAGAAACACAAGUGUGCUGGUGAGAACAGCAGCAGCAAAUGAAGAUGCAGGAUUUGAAAUAAACUGUCAAAACUUUCACUUUGACUUUCUAACAACAUCAGCACAUAUAACAUGUGUGACAUCAUUGUUGUGUGUGUAACACCAUCUUGUUCAUAUGAUUCUAACAUUUAUAGAUGAGACACUUCAGAUUAGUGCUUUUAUCUCAGUCAAGUACAUGAGUUAAUAUACACAUUUGUGUACUUUAAAAUGAACAGAACAAUUUGACUGAAAAGGUGAGAAUAAACAGUACAUAAAAUAUGUUACAUACAGUAAACAUUUUAUGUGUAGAUAUUCAUAAUUCACUUUUAUACUUAUUCAUAAUAGUGUUUUAUAUAUGUUUUUUGAAAUAAUGAAGUGUUACAUAUUUUUAUUUUCUAAUUCUAGAUGAUUCCAUAGAUGAACUCCUUUAUAUGAUAUACAUAUUUGUUUUACAUGUGUUCAUACCUUUGCUUUUGAGUACACAUAAAUCCCUUUAAGUUCAUAUUUACUGCUUCACAUCUGAAACAUCUUCUGGACCACUUCUGGAAGCAUAUUAUUAUUUACUUUAUACAUCAUUUGAACAGUUGUGUUGUAUACCAUUUUAAAAUGUGUGACUUUAUGAAUCAUUUGUUGGGUCUCUAUAAUCCAUUCUAAUAAUUGUUUUUAUUACUCUCUUGUGUAAUAUGAAUAUUGUUGUGUAUCUGCAUGCAUUACUCAUCCGAGGCUUUUUAUCCUUGUGUUUUUUACUUCUGCAUGAAGUAGUGAUUACCGGACAGUGCAUGUCGUAUGAUUCAAUUAUUGUGUUAAGGAAUAUAUCAUAUGCGAUAUUGGUAUCCGAUUCACUGAAUACACUAUUCCAUUCUUUGUUUAUCAUGUCACGUUCAAAGGCCUUGAUUUCCCUUUCAUUACAGAGCCUUCUAAUGACUUAGACAAACUUUAGAACAACUUUAAUGAUCCACAAGGGAAAUGGUUCCACACAGUAGCUCAGUUACAAUGUGUGGAAAUGGUAAUGGUUUUUGUUCCUGGUUUUGGAAGUGUGCAAUAAUCCAAACUACAGAUGGCGAUUACCGGAAGGUAAUCGGAUAUAUCAGUUACCAUAAGACCGCUAGUUAUUUCAGUGUCUGGUAUGUUGGUAAAAAUAUUGUCAAUUAGAGUGGCGCUCUGCUUCGUGAUUCUACUAGGGCGUGUGAUAAGAGGUCGCAAGCCAUAGGCACACAUAGAAUUAACAAAGUCCUCAUUCUGGUGGUUGUCAUUGGGGUUUAACAGAUCAAUAUUAAAGUCACCACAUAGAAAUACAUUUCCUUGUUUCAUUUCUGCGAUUAUUUCCCCUAGGCAAUUUCCAAAUAUAUCAAUGUUUGAAUUUGGAGCCCUGUAAACACAGCAUACAGAUGUUUUUUUUUUCCUUUCAGCCCUGAGAUUUGAAUGGUUACACACUCCAUCACAUCAGCAACCACUGUAGACAUAUUUUCCAGAAUCUUUAAAUUAAUGUUUAGAUCAAUAAACAA